AUAAAUUUGACGGUGGAGCCAUAAAGUUUUUUGUUUUUUAAUUAGAUUUGAUGUUGAAUGUGUCACUCAUAUACUGGAAGAUUAAACUAUACAAAUAAACUGUGUUUUUGUCUUUGAUAUUAAAACUAUUAGAUGCACUAAAUUUACUUGGGUCAUAUUUGUUCAGAUUGCAGAGUAUGGACAUGAAAAGUUUUCUUCAGAUUUUGAAGUUACUCGUAACUCCGCUAGAUGUAUGGCUCCUGAAUAUACUAUUACUAGUAAGUUCACCAAGAAGACCAUUGUUUAUUCCUAUGGGGUAAUGCUUCUGGAGAUGAUAACUGGGAAAGAAGCUUUUGAUGAUAUAGUUGAAUGGGGUGUGCCUCAACUUGAACGAGCUUUGUCCAAUGGAAACUAUGAUUUUGUUGACAAGAGAUUAAAGGAGUAUAACAAAAAUGAAAUGAAUCAAAUGAUUACUUGUGCCUUAGCCUGUUUACGUGAUAAUCCACAAGAUCGACCAGAAAUGAGACAGAUAGUUGAAGUUCUGAAAGGAAAUACUGAUAUGCAUGAUCUCUUAAAAAGGGAACAACAGCUAACGAAGCAAGUUGAGUUAACCUUCGGGAUGGAAUCUCUGCCCAAGCCCAAGAUUAUGGCAAGUUGAGAUUGGUCUCAAAAGGACGUUGUCCAGAAGAUGUCUUUGAUUUAUUGGUAUAUCUGCAUGGAGAUAAAUUGUACUCGAGGCAUAUACCAGUGCAUUGGAAGGACGACUUUCUUCUUGAUGAUGAUUUUCAACGAAAGGUUAUAAUUUAAUAUAUAGUAGCACACCUUGUUGGCAAUCGUCUGCACAUAUUUGGGAUUAUUAUUAUUAUUAUUAUUAUUAUUAUUAUUAUUAUUAUUAUUAUUAUUAUUAUUAUUAUUAUUAUACUGAAAGAAUUUUUGAAGUUUUAUUAUCUUUUACAUAUAUGCAGCAGAUUUACAAUGAUAAAAAAGGUAAAUUGAAUCUUUGUUUUAUUAAAUUUCUCUUAUAUAUUUACAUAUUUAUUUAAAUUGACUUCUCAUUUUUAUAUAUUAAAUCAUUUUUUUAAGUAAAAAAUAUAUUUUUUAUUAAUAGAAAAUCAAUUGACCCAUAUAUACUUAUGCACAACUUCAUGUAGAUCUCAUCUUUCUAAAUUUAAGACUUAACUAUUUUUACAUGAAUAUUUAUUCAUUAUUUUUUUAGUAUAAUAAAUAUAUUUUAUAAUUUGUCUAUAUAUUGACUCUAAAAAUUUUUUUCUCUAAAUCCCACACUGCUUUGCCAUAUGAAGUUGUAUGGCUCCUGAAUAUGCUAGUACUAGGAAAUUCAUCUAGAAGACCAAUAUUUAUUGCAAUGGUGUCAUGCUUAUGGAGAUGGUGACUCGGGAAAAACCUGUUGAUGAUAUUGGUGUACGUACUUGUUGCUCAAUUGAUAUGGUCUAAAGAUAUUAUUGUACAUUUUUUAAGUGUAGGUAAAAAAUUUUUGAAAAUUAAAGCUUAAUUGCUUGGGGAAAAAUAAUAAAUUAAUAUUUCAUCUAUUACCAUAUCGGCGGUGCCUCGAUUUAAAUGAUAUUGGUCUAACGGUAACUACGAUUUUGUUGACAAGAGAUUGAAGGAGUAUAAUUAACAAAUGGAUUGAGUGAUUGCUUGUGCCUUAGCCUAAUUACAUGAUAAUCCACAAGAUCGUUCAGAAAUGAUUCCGGUAAUUCCACAAAUAGCUUCAU